AUGGCGGCUUCCAAGGCGUGGUCAUCGGCGGGGGCGUGGCUCGCGAUCGCCGUGGGCUUGGCGGCCGUGGUCUCCUCGUCGGAGGCGUACGUCUUCUACGCCGGCGGCCGCGACGGCUGGGUCCUCGACCCCACCGAGAGCUACAACCACUGGGCCGGCCGCAACCGGUUCCAAGUGAACGACACCAUCGUGUUCACGCACGAGGAGGGCGUCAGCUCGGUGCUGCUGGUGACCGAGGAGGACUUCGACACGUGCAACACGCGCAGCCCGGUCCAGCGGCUCGAAGCCGUCGGCGGCAGCGGCAGCGGCAGCAGCUCGGUGUUCAGGUUCGACCGGUCGGGCCCGUUCUUCUUCAUCAGCAGCGACGAGGACCGGUGCCAGAAGGGCCAGAAGCUGUACAUCAUCGUGAUGGCGCCUCGCCCGCCCGUGGCCAUGGCCCCGGCGCUCGGCCCUUCACAGUGGACGGCGUUCCCGCCGGCGGGCGCUACCGCGCCCCCGCCGCUGUGGGCGUCGGCGCCCGACUUGCUGGGGGCGCCACCGCCGACGGCCGGCGCGUCACGGUCGGUCGGCGAUGCGAUCGUCGGCUCUGUGGUUGGGGUUGUAGGGGCUCUGGUGCUAUGUACUAUGCUGUAG